CUCCCUUCCCACGCCCCAGUGCGCUGUGGGAUAGUGGCACUAUAAAGUAUAUCCUCUCUCGGAGAAAGAUAAGAAGCCCGAGACAGGAGGGGGAUGAAGAUGGCGGACGCCAAGCAGAAGAGGAAUGAGCAGUUAAAGCGAUGGCUGGGCUCGGAAACGGACCAGGAGCCUCCUGUUCUGAAAAAGAAGAAGACGAAGGUGAAGUUCGAUGAUGGCGCCGUGUUUCUGGCCGCCUGCUCGAGCGGCGAUACCGAGGAGGUGCUCCGAAUGCUUGACCGGGGCGCUGACAUCAACUACGCCAAUGUAGACGGUCUCACCGCCCUCCACCAGGCAUGCAUAGACGACAAUGUUGACAUGGUGACUUUCCUGGUGGAGCAUGGAGCCAGCAUCAACCAGCCCGACAACGAGGGCUGGAUCCCCCUCCACGCUGCAGCCUCCUGCGGAUACCUAGACAUAGCAGAAUAUCUCAUCAGCCAGGGUGCCAGUGUAGGAGUUGUGAACAGCGAGGGUGAGACACCGCUGGACAUCGCCGAAGAGGAGGCGAUGGAGGAGCUGCUGCAGAAUGAGAUCAACAGACAAGGGGUGGACAUCGAGGCAGCCCGGAAAGAGGAGGAGCGGAUCAUGCUAAGGGACGCCCGGCAGUGGCUCAACAGCGGCCAGAUCCAAGACACACGGCACACCAAGUCUGGAGGGACGGCGCUCCACGUAGCUGCUGCGAAAGGAUACGCCGAGGUUUUAAAGCUUUUAAUCCAAGCAGGGUAUGAUGUAAAUAUUAAGGACUAUGAUGGCUGGACUCCGUUACAUGCAGCAGCACACUGGGGCAAAGAGGAAGCGUGUAGGAUACUGGUGGAGAAUCUAUGUGACAUGGACCUCAUUAAUAAAAUGGGCCAGACAGCUUUUGAUGUAGCAGAUGAAGAUGUUCUGGGAUAUUUAGAAGAACUACAAAAGAAGCAAAAUCUGCUGAUAGGUGACAAGAAAGACGUUAAGAAAUCUCCUUUGAUUGAAACGACAACCACUGGGGAUAACAACCAAUCACUGAAACCACUCAAGAGCAAAGAAAUGCUGCUUCUGGAGCCUGAAAAGAGCGCCCCACGCAUUGAGACCUUAGAACCGGAGAAGGUGGAUAGAGGAGAGGAGGGGAAGAAGGACGAAUCAAGCUGCUCCAGUGAGGAAGAGGAUGAUGAAGACUCAGAGUCAGAGACUGAAGCAGAUAAGACCAAGCCUUCUGCAUCGGUGAGCAACAGCACGACGCCCGCCCCGACCAGCAUCACCGUGUCACCUCCAACUAGCCCAACCAACCAGGUGACAACCCCCACUUCACCGUUUGAAUGUAUUACUCCCCUCAUGCCUGUGGCGGAGCCGGGCUGUCCUGCAUUGUGGCGUCAAGGCUUGCGCAGAACUGGCAUUUCUCUAGUGCCCAAAAAACCUAUGGCCCCUCAGCCUGCUGGAAAGGUCUCCACCAAAGUGGAGGAGGAGAGGAAGGACGAGUCUCCGGCGUCGUGGCGGCUGGGUUUGAGGAAGACGGGCAGCUACGGGGCGCUAGCCGAGAUCACCGCCACCAAGGAGGCUCAGAGGGAGAAGGACACGACCGGGGUGAUGCGCUCGGCCUCGAGCCCUCGCCUCUCCUCCUCUCUGGACAACAAAGACAAAGAGAAGGAAAAGGAUAAAGGAACUCGGCUGGCCUACGUGGCCCCCACCAUCCCCAGGAGACUGGCCAGUACUUCAGACAUCGACGAGAAGGAAAACAGGGACUCUACCGCUCUGAUUCGUAGCGGCUCGUACACCCGGCGACGCUGGGACGACGACCUGAAGAACAGUGAAGGAAGCGCCUCCACCAACCGAACCCCCAGCUACCAGCGCAGCGGCUCUUUUGGCAGAAGACACGAGGACUUGGGUUCCUCGACCACCUCCUCCUCCUCCUCCUCCACGACCACCACCACCUCCUCAUCUGUUACCUCGCCCACAGGCCAUCGCGGCCUGCUCUCCAGCUUGGGCUCCACCUCCACCCGCACUGGCUCCACCAGUCUCACCAGCAGGUACUGGUCAGAGGAGAGAGGGGAGGAGAGGGAAAAGGAGAAGGAGAAGGAGUCCGCCGCGGUCAUCCCCACUAUAAACACUGGCUCUACUACGACCACCACAUCUACCACUACCACCACCCCCGCCAUAUCUACCACUACCACCACCGGCACCGUCACUGGCGAACGACGCAGGUCCUACCUGACGCCAGUGCGAGACGAGGAGUCAGAGUCCCAGAGGAAAGCUCGCUCCAGACAGGCCCGACAGUCGAGGAGGUCCACCCAGGGUGUGACUCUGACCGACCUGCAAGAGGCUGAGAAAAUCAGCAGGAAUCGUACCCCAAAGACCCGGGAGGAGGAGAAGGAGGAGAAGGAGAAGCAGGACAAGGAGAAGCAGGAGGAGAAGAAGGAGACGGAGACCAAGGAAGACGAUUACCGGUCGAGGUACCGCAGCUAUGAAGAGCGCUACCGGCCUUCGUCCUCCUCCUCUACCUCCUCCAUUUCCACACUCAGCACUGCCUCCACCCCGUCCUAUACUAGCACCACAUUGUCCUCAAGUUCCAGCUCCCUCAACAGGCCCAACAGUCUGACAGGGAUCACCUCCUCCUAUAGCCGUUCCUCCAGAGACACGGAAAAAGAAAUGGACAAAAAGGAGGAGGAGAAGGAGGGAGAGGACAAGCCCCGCUCCAUACGGGAUCGCAGGCGGCCCCGCGAGAAGAGGCGCUCCACCGGCGUCUCCUUCUGGACCCAGGAUGGUGAUGAAAAUGACCCCGACCAGCAGUCCGACUCAGAGGAGGGCAGCACCAAGGGAGAGCCACAGAGUGACAGGUUGUCCAGGAAUGAGAGCACUUCAUCUAUAGAUCGCAAUGACACUCUUAGCCGUGGCUAUGGUGAGAGUCGGAGGACAUACUCAAGCCGACUGGACAGAGACGACACCACUGAUUAUAAGAAGCUCUACGAGCAGAUCUUAGCUGAGAACGAGAAGUUGAAGGCCCAGUUACGUGACACAGACCUGGAGCUGGCAGACUUGAAGCUACAACUAGAGAAGGCCACACAGAGGCAGGAACGCUAUGCUGACCGAUCACAGCUUGAGAUGGAGAAAAGGGAAAGAAGAGCUCUAGAAAGGAAGAUUUCUGAGAUGGAGGAGGAACUUAAGAUGCUCCCAGACUUGAAAGCAGACAACCAGAGACUAAAGGACGAGAACGGAGCGCUCAUUCGAGUCAUUAGCAAGCUUUCCAAGUAGAACAGACCCCCUCUGCCCCGCCCCGUCUUCUGCACCCCCUCUAGUCCCCCAUGGCAGUGACUAAUGGAAUUGCACAUUUAGAUAUUAAUUGCAACAGACAUCAGAGACAAGACUCCGUUUUUUUUUCUUUCUUUUCCUCCUCCCAGCUCUUUAUCUCCCCCUUUUUUUGCUCCACCACCACCACUGCGGCAUCCAUCCAUCCAUCCACCACCUCCUCCUCGACUAUUACCCACUCGAUCGUGUGGCUGCUGUCCUGAUAGAACCACUGAGUUUACAAACAGGAGACGUGUGAUCAGCAUGUAACCGGGCGGGGAAGCCUGAAAACUAUUUAACCAAUAAGCCUUAGUUGUACAUAAAAGAGGAAAAAAAAGAAAAAACACUCGCAGCGAUCUCUUCUCUCUCUUCUCUCUCGGCUAUCACUGAAGAACAGAUAUUAUCCGACACCUGAUUUUAUUUGUGCCACAAUCUUUUCCUCUCCUUGUGUUCGUGUUGUGUGCUGUGCAGUUUCCCCUUUUUAAAAACCCCUUAAAGUGCCACUUCUGCCCCGUAUCGCUCCUUAUCUCCUCCCUCACACACACACAGUCACUGACGCACACACACUCGCACCCCCUCAUUUUUUUUGUUACCUCUGUGUGUCUUCCUCCAAGAGGGAUUUUUUUUUUUUUUUUUUGAAUUCUCGCUUUAGCGGAAAAAGAGGCGGACCUGGUGGAAUUUAAGCUUUCACUGUAUGUGCAAUAUGCAUUUCUUUUUUUUUUUUAAUGCUUUAAUGAUGAGUCCAUCACAAGUAGGAUUUUUCACUCUUCCACCGCUUCCAUCGCUCACCUUCCUCCUCUUUUUUUUUUUGUUUUUUUUGUUUUAAGUUUGUAGUGUAGUCAGUUUAUACUCUGUAUUUCUCACUUUGUUUUAGCAGGUACUGAGUGACGCUGUAUAUACCUGUAUGUAUUUGUUUGAGACCAGCACAUGGCAUGCGUUUAUGGUUCCCGUCUGUUACUAUUAAAAAGUAUACAAAAUUCCAGAGGACAAAAAGGUGUGUUUUAAUUAUUAUUUCUUUUAUAGACAUUGGAUACAUAAAGUAGAGCCGCUCUCUCGUUACACGGGGACGACUGGCAGUGUUCAGUGCUUUAAUUUUUCUCCAGUUUAAAAUAAGUGUUCACAUAAUUGUGAGAUUUAAAAACAGAAAAAAAAAGAAAUAAUCGCUUCACUACAUUUCACUUUCAUUGUAUUCAGUAUCUUGGAAGAGUGCUGUUAAUUUUGUUUCCAAUUUUUUUUUUUUUUUUUUUUUUUUUUUUUAUAAAGCUGUAGUAUUAUAGCCAAGGUGUUGUCACUAAAAAUAAAAAAAGAGAACUAUCUUAGGUAUCGCUAACCCAGUCCUUUUUACAAAUGUCUACAUGCACUGUCAAUGCCAUGUGAGGAGUCUUGAUGUCAGGUUAAAGCAAAUCGCCACCAUCAAAUAUUCCAUGCAUCUGGAAAAAAAAAAACAUUUUAUGCAUUUCAGUGGCCUUUUAAGGAUAUUUUAGUAAAAGUUUAAAAAAUUAAAAAGGAAAAAAAAAGUCGCUGCAGAUGGGCCGAUGACCAUCUACUCUGGUUUAGACUUUUUUUUUUGUUUGUUUGUUUUUCUUUAUUAUUAUUUUUUUCCCGUCAUCUUGUAAAAUAGGUGUGUGGCUUAAUACAUGCAAGCUGUGCUGUGACUACCAACCACUGAAGAGUUCAUUAAAAAUAAACUUGUACAUUGUAAAGUU